AUGUCUCCUAGGGGGAACGGUGGAGGACGAAGUCGUGGACGCAGCCGCGGUUCGUCACCGUUCAGAGGGCGGCCUGGAGGACAAGGGCAAUACCCUUACAGGGGCAGAGGCGGAAGGGGAGGGCAGCCUGUGUACAGAAAUCUGGAUGUGAUCGAUGUGGAUAUACAGCAGUACUCAGACGAUAUUCCUACAUCUGGCACAAUCUCGCCUGCACCCAGCUUUCGAGGUCGCGGUCGUGGAAACUACAAUGGACGCGGCCGUGGACGUGGGUAUCGAGGCGGUACAAGCACUCCAUUGAAUUUGAAGGUUUACGCGGGUGGGUACCGCACGCCGCCGCCACCGCGACGUGAAGAUUGGUCUGGGACUGUUACACCUACCGGCCGUGGCGCUGGUAGGGGGCCAUCGCGAGGCCUCGGCGCAAGGUAUAAUCCAAACUUGCCACUCUCUAAACUGCUAGCAUUAGAUCGACCGUAUCUAAGACCAAUCAACUUUGUACCUGCGCAGCUGACUCCAGUGCUCUUUCAACACGAGGAGGAAUUAAUUGAAGUUCAUGAGUUUCAUGAACCCGAGGACCAUGUACCUACUGCUCAGCAAGUCACGCGAGUGUUCAGUCACAAAGAACAGCCGCCUCAACAAGAUGCGUUCUUCCAGAACACAGAAGUUGAUCUGUUUGCUGAAGUGGAUGAGGCACCUAUUAUGACUGUGGACUUCAAUUCUCUUGGAAAACUUAUGGAUGACGUCUCGGCUUCUCAAGAAACACCCGUUCUUCAGGCUCAAUCCGCUAUCCCAGCUGAAUCGCCAGCUGUGGGAUUUGGACAAGGCGAAAGUAUAUUUGACUCCAUAAAGGAAGCCCUAUCUAUCAAGCCGGGAGACACUAUGGACAUGCAUUCCUACGACGUGCAAACCUUUGAAGCAGAUGAAACCGGAGUGGAUCCAUCCUCUCAGAUUACAGAGGGUCUAUCAGUUUCUGCAACUGAGGAUACUAUCAUAAGAAUCGAGGACACGGUAGAGGAGGAAGCAGUGCAAAGUCCCAAACAACCCUUGUUCGUCGUGGAUGCAAACCCGUCAGGCCCUUCGCAAUCUCAGGGAAAGAUAGUUUAUACGCCAUCUUCAAGUCGUUCACAGCCUCUCGGAAGUCAGCUUCCCGAAGAUGACGAGAUUAUUGUCUACGAUGCACCCCACCCACGUUCCGGACCAGCAACUCCUAGCGUCACCACGACCGCGGAAGUUCUGAGGAAUACGAAAGACUCGAAAAGGAUGCCAGCGCAGCGCCAUACGGAUUCGUCCAAUGCUCGGGAUAUACGUGGCCCACAACCGUCAUCGUCCGCAGAUCCUCAGUCAUCGAAGAAAGCAGCAUCGUCGAGCAUGCCAUUCGCGGGCAUGUCGUUCUCCUUUGACGCUCUCUCCAAAGCCGCGGAGAUCAACCGACAACAGUCAGCCUCACCUCGUGCACGCCGUCUCACGAAGCGUGAUCGUCAAACACGAGUUGUACUGCGAAAUGGAAAGAAUGGAAAGAAGAAGCGCACUUCAUUCACGAGUUUUGGAGCUAUGCUUGAGGAAAUGCACCUUCAUGAAGAUGAGUUUGGUGGGAGUAGUAAGCGAGGAAGACGAGAAGGCUCAGAUAUUGACUGGGGAAGUGGUCAUUCUGGUUCUGAAGCACCUGGACGUGCCGUACGUGAUGAUCCUGAGAUCGAUCGUGUCUCAAGUGGGCUUGAAGGUAUGGAUAUCGAUGGCGACCUUGACAUGAAAGCCAUGCAGAGCUUUGUCGGGAGCAUGAGCAAAACAGGGAUGGAAUAUACGACUAUUGACGACAUCGAGGACGCAGAAAAGUUGCGACUCGAGGAUGAAGAGGACGAAGACUCGUCUAGUGGAAGUGAAGAACAGGAUAGUGAAAUUGAAGCAAUUCUCCGAGCUGAAGAGGAAGGGCUUGUGGGUGAUGAGGAUAAUAUGGAAGACUUUGAUUCAGAAUCUGACGAAGACGACGAAGACGACGAUUCGUCUGAUGAUGAUGAAUCGGCCAUGCAGAGAUUCCAAACACGCUUGUCGAAAGCAAGGCAAAGCGCUAAAGCCAAAGGGAAGAUGAAGGAAACUGCCUUUUCUGCAGCUGAAGGCUCUUCGAGUGGUCUCUUUGGCGCACGUAUGUCGAAAUUGCGAGAUCGAAACAAGCCUCAGACUGAGGAGGAUGAGGAGGACGAAGAUGAGGACGAAGACUUUGACGAGAAUUUCACUUGGGCUGAGGCGGAUGAUGAUUAUAUCAAUGAUAUUCAGGACUUGUUAGAUGACAAUGAUGAUAUCCUCCACUCCGAUAGGAAACAACGAAAAGCUUUGUUCAAGUCAGUUCUCAAUGGCGACUUCAGCGUCGCUCCCGCAAAGAAGAAACGUGACUAUGGUAAAGACCUCCCACCCGAGCUCCGCGUCCUCUGGGAGAAAGACCGCGCCAAGAAAGCAGAGAACAAACGUAAACGCGCAGCAGCGCGUCUCGAAGCCGCCAUGGAUCCCUUCGCAAAACACAAAGGCGGCAAGAAAGGCAGGAAAGCUCUACUCAAAGCAAGUCGACUCGCUGCAGAGGCACGAGACGAGACUCCGUCAAAUGCAAGCCCGGAUAUUACCGUCAUCGUACAACAAAUACGGAGCUAUAUUGAUAAUAUCAGCCUUACGAGUCCAAUGGCGUUGCCACCGAUGGAUAGGGAGUCGAGAGCGAUGAUACAUGAGAUUGCGGCUGCUUUUGGGUUGAAGAGUCAGAGUAAAGGGAAGGGCGAAACGCGAUAUACGACGCUCAUCAAGACUUCGCGGUCUGGUGUCGGUGUCAAAGAACGUAAGAUUGAGCGUAUCCUGCGUAGUGGCGGUAACUGGGGCUUCACGCGACCAGGCAACCCCGGUGGUGGUAACGGAGGUAAGAGGGGCGGCGCACCGAAACACAAAGAGGGCGAUGAAGUUGGGAAGGCGGCGCCAAGGAUUGGUGAGAAUAACGUUGGUUUCCGAAUGUUGGCUGGUAUGGGUUGGUCGGAGGGAGAGAAGAUUGGAAUAUCUGGUGGUCUUGAUGCACCGAUUACAGCUAUAAUCAAGCACUCGAAGCUUGGUUUAGGUGCGACACGUUGAUAGAUGAUCGUUGUGUGAUUUUGAAAGAAAG